AUGACGAAGGGCGUGAUAUGGCCGCUCAGAAGCUUAUGCCUCUACCCAUAUCAUUCUCGCGCACGCCCUGAAAAUGUAUCCUCCGAAAGUAUACUCCCGGCAUGUGCGGCAACACUAGAGACAUUGUUUUGGACGGCCUAUCCUGAACCAGCCAACCCUAGCGAGCUGACUUUCCCAAGGUUGCGGGAACUCGAAUUCUUGGAACACGGUGGCAAUCACUUACACCUCGAUGCUCUUUUGCGCGCCCCGUUGGUGGUAUUGUCUCUACGAGGAGCAAAUGGGGCCAUAGGAGAGAUUUUAGCGAAGCGCGGCUGUAUAUCCACAUUGAGAACAUUUGUUUACUGCGAUAGCUACGCACCAACCGAGGUAUUAUUGCCUUUCUUGAGGGAGAACAGCCAUAUCACCCACCUCUCUCUACCAAAGAAUGCCCCGGAUACCGACUGGGGCCAGAUUCUACCAGUACUAGGAGAUUCGUUCGCGAGACUAAAGACACUAAGAUUUGGGAUUCCAGAAAGUCGUGUUCCAUUAUCCGCUCUUCAAGCUAUAUCCAACACUACUAGCCUAGAGAAAUUAUGCAUGUAUGGAAAGUCUACGCAUGAAUUACUGCAAUAUACUCCCCGGUGGCUUAUCGACCACGACGCCAUGAGAACCCAUUUCUGCAAGCUACGGCAACUUCGCAAACUCUACUAUAUCGAUGACACUUAUCGACCAAUUCACACCGAUUUCGACCCAAUUGAUGAGUCCACUUUCGAUUACUACGACUCUCGAUGGCCUGGUAUUGACCACAUUACAAGCCUUCAAAUUGAAGAGCUUUCAUAUUGCGAUAUUCUGUGGGAGCGGCAACAUUAUGAACGAAUGGAAGAGCAGGCCAACCUGUACGGAGAAGUCAUGCCGCAGCUUAAGUUCCUGUAUAUUGGUCAUUAUAGUAUGGUUUCGAAGCGGGUGGGAGACGAGAUGGUUUUCGAUGCCAAAAUCCGGCAUAGAGAAAAGAUAAGCGAAGAUGCUCUUCUCGGAGAAUUUGGGUGGAAGGGCAGGAAACAGUUCUGGGGAUAG